CAUCAGGAAAUUUAUUGUACUGUUGCGUUCACUUUAGCAACAACGGUUAAAAAUCAAAUUUCUUCAAGAAUUCCUUCUGGCAAUUUUCGUAAUGUUGGAACGAAUUUAUUUGCUAAUGGAUGA